AUGGUGGAAGUGUGGUGGUCACUGUUAGGAGCAGCAGUACCUGCACUAAUCGCAGGUCAAGCAUUGAGAAUAAAGAAGAGACGUGGUGAAGAAGAGAGGAUCAAGAGUGCUCGAGGAAGAGAGAAAAGCUCUGAUGAAAUCUUUGUCUGUGAAAGAGUUUGCACUUCUAAAAGAAUGUUGAAAAAAGUUGGAGCUUUCUCUAAAGAUCCGAUUCCCGACACUUGUGUUACCGUCUGCGGCGUAUCUGAGCUCGAUGCUUGCUCUGAUGCUUGUGCUCGAACCGUCUGUGUUAACCAGCAUCAAGUUGCUAAUUGGAAUGACAUUUGUCUUAGGAGAUGUCAGAGUGAGUGUCUUAAGCUCUCUUCUUCUUCGCGCUCUUCUUGA